AGACGAACUGCUACCAAAGUAAAACAACACUACAACAUGUGUCAAAUGAGACAAAUGUCAGUUGUAAACUUGUAUAGUUUAGAUUUAGUUUCCGUUUCGCUCAAAUUAUCUAUUGAAGAGAAGAAAAAGAGAGAAGAACACCUACGGUCACAUCAGCUGAUAUUGAAAGAUGCUUCGAGAUUAGGUAGCAGUGAAGAAUGGAUUGCUUGUAUAUCUUGCCCAGAACUUUACAAAGAACUAAAAAAACUAAAACCAUACCAUCUUUCAAAGAAUACAACUUUGAAUAUGAAUAGCUAGACAAUUUUACCUCUUAUCAUGAGGUUUCAAGAGAGAAUGGUUUAUAAUUCUAAGUGUAAAAGUUGCCAAGUCAUCAACCCAAGUCACUAACCAUGCCAUCAACAUUCCUCAUUGAGGACUGAGGAAUGUUUAGCUGAACCUACCCUGACUACGAGAUUAAAAUACCUCUUCAAAUAUCAUCUCAUUCUUUGUGCAGUAUGUGGACCACGGCGGAUCCCAGUGCGGAUUUGGUUGGUUUGUCGAUUCUCGGAGUGGUGACGGAGAAGGACAAUGACUCCAAGCAACAAGCGUCUCUCCUACGUCGUAAAGCUGCCGCUGUGACCAGUCGGGUGACGGCACCUGAAGCCGUGAGCGUGUCACAUUCCGCACCUCUAAAGGACAGCAUCAGCAACAGCCCGGCUGCUGUCGAUGAUAGCAAUAAAGAACCACCGUUGCAGAUUGUCUGGCGAAACGUCUUGAUUUUCGUUUACCUUCAUGCAGCCGCCCUCUACGGCUUCUAUCUCUGCUUCGCGGCGGCCAAAUUAGCGACUCUCAGCUGGUCUUUCGCCUUGUUUAUCUUUGGCGGAUUCGGAAUAACGGGCGGAGCUCACCGACUUUGGGCGCAUCGCGCUUACAAAGCCAAAUGGCCUCUCCGCGUCUUCGCCGCCAUUGGGCAAACAAUCUCUGUCCAGAACGACAUUUACGAAUGGAGCCGAGAUCACCGCGUCCACCACAAAUUUAGCGAGACGGACGCUGAUCCGCACAACGCCCGCCGCGGUUUCUUUUUCGCCCACGUCGGAUGGCUGUUGUGCAAGAAGCAUCCCGAAGUCAAACGGCGCGGAAAAACCGUCGACAUGAGCGAUGUUCUGCAAGACCCGGUCGUCAUUUUCCAACGAAAGUACUACAUUCCUUUGGUUCUGACACUCUCCUUUGCGAUGCCAGCGCUCGUUCCCUGGUACUUUUGGGGAGAGUCAUUCAAAACAGCUUUUUUCGUCGCCUCCAUCUUCCGAUACGUGUUCACACUGAAUGUUACCUGGCUCGUCAAUAGCGCCGCCCACAUUUGGGGAAACCAUCCCUACGACAAGGAGAUCAAUCCGGCCGAAAACCGAGUGGUGGCCUUCCUGACUUCCGGUGAAGGAUGGCACAACUAUCACCACGUUUUCCCAUGGGAUUACAAAGCAGCCGAAUUGGGAAAUUACAACAUGAACACGACGAAAGCGGUUAUCGAUUUCUUCGCCUGGAUUGGCUGGGCGUACGACCUGAAGACCGUUCCGGAAAGAAUUAUUCGCAGUCGAGCUCGUCGAACAGGAGACGGCUCCCAUCCGUUCUCCUUGGAAGAUAGUCAGUACACUUUGGAAGAUAUGAAGUCGGAAGAGAAAGCGUUUUGCGAAAUCAUUCCGGAAGGAAAAGAACAUUAAGAUUCAUAACUUUGUCCGUAUUAUUAUUUUUUUUUUUAAUCAGCAGCAGACGGCGCUCAGUUGUUUUGUUCUCGGUACAUUAUAUGACACAUUGCCUUUACAAUAUGCAUUGCUUAGACUUUUAUUUGCUUUUUAUUUAGAAAAAAAAAGUUUAAUUUUUAGCUUUGCGAAAUUGGAAAUGGGAAUUUUUAUUUUAAUGGAUACAUGUAUAUACUGGCAUAUCCUAUUGGUAUGUAAUGACAGGCCUUGUUGAAGCGCACUCGCACGAAAACUUAGUUAGUAAUUGAUUGCCUUAUUUUUUCCGUAAAUAAAGAUAUCCUGUGAAUCAA